CAAACUGCACGAAAGUGUCCAAAUCUCACUGAACAACAUGUCUACAAGUUGGCAAGUUAUUCUAAAAUGCGAGUGCUUCUUGCUCUUCAGCUAAUUAGCCAUUCAGUAGCAGAAGGUCUAAGAUAUUAUAAGAGCCGAAUUGACGAACUGAAGGACUGUGGAUCGACUGCCAACUUCUGCGAUAUAUUCAACUUUGGAUUUGACGCAUUAAACAGAACUACACGAGAAACAGGAAUACGACUUGAUAGUGAGGAUUUUAAGAUAUUGCAGUUACUCUUGGACUGGCUAGAUGCAUGGGAACAGAGGGUCUUGGAUGGUACCUUAGAGAAAAAGGAUUUUUUAACAGAAAGCACUGCUCAUGGACUGAGGGUUACUUUACACUCUACUAUAGAAUUAUCGCACUAUUUGUUGGAAAAGUGUAAAUUUGACUACGUCCUCACAGGAAAAAUUAACCAAGAUUCACUAGAGGUUCGCUUAGUAACUAUUCAACGAUGAUUUACGUAAUCGUUUAUGUUCUAGGAUCUGGAUCAUCUGUAACAACAGCUUAAAUGUGUCAGUCUUAGCAUUUGAAUUAAAUUGUAUAUUUUUCAUGUUUUUUGCAGCUUCGUAAAGUAAGUUUAUCAGCCAUAUUAAUGUAUAAGUACGACUACAAUUUAAACCCUAAAACUAAAUCAUUUUAAGAUAAUUUUGAUUCUUGUUUUUCCGCAUUGUAAAUGUCUAAUGUGUGUGCAUAUAGAAGUAGUAGUAGUAGUAGUAAUAGUAGUAGUAGUAGUAGUAGUAGUA